CUAAAAGAAAUAGGAAAACAAAUCCCAAACUAACUAGGAAACAUAAUACUACUUAAAUAAAUAAAAUAAACAAAACUAAACUCAUAUUGCAACAAACGCUGCAGCUGGCCUGCUGUCGCGCGCACAUGGUCUUCCUUUUCCUUAGCGGAAUUGAAAUUUCGUUCUUCAUGCGAGGCAUUGCUUCUUCCUUUUGUGAAUGGGACUUCUUCUCCAUGUACCACGUCCAAGCUAGCUUCCCAUGCCUCCAAUUAAUUAACCUCCACCAAUUCCAUGUAAAUCCUCCACGUCACUUCAUGUGCCAGACAUUUAAUUACUCAUCCACCAAAUAAUCAUCAACUCCCCACAAAGCAAGCCUGAUAUGAUCCCUUCAUUCUACACGUUCAAAUUACUUGACGAAGAAGCUAUUGAAGUUGGGAAGAAGAAGGGCAGAAUUUGGCCAAGUCAAAAUCUGUGUUCAGGGUACCUACUUAGGAAGCAUGGUUCUCUCAAUUGUCUUAGUGGAAAUGCAAGUUUAAGGGGUUUUUUUUUUGCAGAUAAAGUUUCCAUCUUUCCAAUGGUAUGCUUUGUGAAUUCAGAUGAUGUCAUUAAGGUUGUUUUCCAAGGCCUCAAAGUUGCUACCUCAAAACUGGAAAACUGCCAGAAAAUGGCCAAGGCAGAAAACUGUUUUGUGAAGCCUACUUUGAAGCUCAAUUCAAGGAGCAUGGAUGGGAUUCAAGUCAAAAGGAUUCUACAACAUGAAAGUAGGAAUGUUUAUAUACCAAGGGAAGGAAUUGGAUGAAGGAUUGGAGUUCUGUAAGGCCUCGAACGAAAGGCAUAAAGUUAGUACGAAAGCUGCUUUUGACUGUUUUGCUGGCAGCUUACUUGUGCGUCAAGAAAGGAAGUUUAUGGCCUAAUUUUGAGCCUUUUUAGAGUUUGUUUUUACCAUAAUUGUUUCCUAGUUCUAUUAGGUUUGUAUUAGGUUUUUUAUUGUCUUUAAAUAGCUUUCAUUCUCACGUUGUAAAUGAUCCAAGUUUAGUUGAAUGAAAAUUGCUCCUUUGUGAGAAUUGUGUUCUUUGAAGUUCUCAAGAAUCAAACUCUUGAGUUAGUUUUGUGUGGAUUCCAUUGCUAAUUCAAGAACCCUUGUCAAGAUUUUUUGUGAGGAUUCCAGAUUCGUUUUACAAGUUUCUUAUCAAUCAAGUAAUCACCUUGAUUGUGGCAAAAUUCUACCUAUCACUUAUCGUUCGAGAAGUUUGGUUUGCUGCAUAUUCUGAUCAAAAGCACCCCCCCCCCUCGUGCUUUAUCAAGUGGUAUCAUAGCCCCGUUCAAGUCAGGGCAAAGAAGGAUUGAUUAAGGUUGUUUUUGUGUGCAAUUUCAGCCGCAAAAACAGAGCAACAUGGCGGCAGAAGAGCUGGCAGAAUCGAUGAUCUUCACACGAGGAUUACUCAAUGAUCAGUUGGGUUUGGUACUCAUCGAUGGAGGCAGGGAUAAGAACUUAAUUGCCAGCAGGGUCGUGAGCAAGCUGGGAUUACAAUCACAGCCUCAUCCAGCUCCCUACAUCUUUCAAUCACCGUACGAAAUUAAAUCCAGCAUCGUAGUGUCUCAGGUGGUCGUGGAAUUUUUGAUUGGCCAAUACAAUGAUAAAAUCCUGUGCGAUGUGGUUUUCAAUCUCCCCAACAGCCUCGUAUUGGGUCAGCCAUGGUUCAGUAAGCGGCAGGUUCGUUUUUCAAGUCGACGGAGGAGGAAGUUUCGAAUUCAGAUUCGAAACAAGGUGUUCGUCGUGAACCCUUUAUCUUCAGAAGCAGUUGCCGACGAUUUGAAUGAGCUACACAGACUCCAGGAGGAGUACCAGCAGGACUUGUUGUCGAAGUCGUGGUCUUGGGAAGUCUAUCCAGCCAAAACGCCGAUCAGAGCCGAAGAAUUAUGUUCCUCAACGAUAGAGCAGAGCGGAGAAGAGAAUGAAUCGGACAAAGGCAUGGGGGGAGGGUUGCGAGAAUACAAUCCAUCCGAGCGUUUUGUCGAAAACCCAGGAGUUGAUUCUCUGCAACAGAGCGACUCAAUUCAAGUUGAAACAUCGACUUUCAUUCAGGGAGAACACCCCUGUUUUCCUUCUGCGAAAUAGAGUGCCGCGUCCCGUAGCUUCUCCAACGAUGAAGGAGGAGAGUCGUUGUCCGACGUGGCCAGCAACACGUCCUAGGAGUUUGAAGGAAGGAAUGUGGCGCAAGGAGAAGUUCCAGAGCCAACUGCCGAUGCACCAAUCGAUUUGGUGACGCGAGCAGCAGAGCGUUCCAAUUCUCUGACAAAACAGAGGAGGAGAGAGAACGAAUUGGCGGGAACAACUGGUGAAGAGUCAAAACUCAUCGACGGUGCCGACGUGAUCCCUAGUACCCCAGAAACAUCACAAGUACAAUUAGUGGAGUCGAACACACCUGAUUUGGUGGAAUCGAUCUGCUCGAAAACACCUCUGUUCGUGAAGAACAAUGAAGACAAAAAAGGGAGAAUCAGUAGUGGCGUUUGAGAGUAAUUCGAGGCAAAUUGGCAAUGUAGAAUCAUUCACGGAGGUCAAGGGAAAAUGUAGGAACGAUCAACUGGUCGUGGCGAUGGCAGAAUAAAAAACGGCCAAUUUGAAAUUAGCUUCGUCGGAAUCUGCAAAUCGGUCGCCGGAUUCUGGGAAAUUUGAAUCCUCCGGUAGCGGGAAAAAUGGGCAUUGCAAUUGACGACGUUUUGUACAGGGUCGAAGCUUGGAAUUGGACGAGUUCAAUUCAUGGGAUCAUGGCGAACACUAUGGAAGUCUUGAAUUGAAGCGAGAUGGCCUGGAGCAGAAACACCCAAAUUCGAAGAACUCGCCGGCAAAUUCGAACUCGACGGAAUCUGGGUUUUUGUGACCGGAAGCUGUAAAACUGCAAACUUCGAUUCCGGGUCCUAGUGGCUUCGAUUUUUGCGUAGAAUGGUCCUUUGGAGUCCUACAACAUUGCUGAAACAUGUUGAAGAAGGAUUUGAAGGUGCCAAGUUUAUGCCAAAAACGUUGUUUGAGAAGCCUUCUUUCGAUCCAAUUUGGGAUCAAUUCUGUGAACGGUUUGAGCAACGAAAGGCCAAACUGUUGAGGGAAACACUUUUUCAAGAGGGAGGGCCUGAUAUGAUCCCAAAUGGUUCAUUCCAAACGUUUAAAUUACUUGACGAAGAAGCUAUCGAAGUUGGGAAGAAGAAGGGUAGAAUUUGGCUAUGUCAAAAUCCGUGUUCACGGUACCUAGUUUGGAGGCAUGGUUUUCUCAAUUGGCUUAGUGUAAAUGCAAGUUUAAGGGUUUUGUUUGCAGAUAAAGUUUCCAUCUUUCCAAUGGUAUUCUUUGUGAAUUCAGAUGAUGUCAUUAAGGUUGUUUUUUAAGGCCUCAAAGUUGCUACCUCAAAACUGGAAAACUGCCAGAAAAUGGCCAAGGCAGAAAACUGUUUUGUGAAGCCUACUUUGAAGCUCAAUUCAAGGAGCAUGGAUGGAAUUCAAGUCAAAAUGCUUCCACAACAUGAAAGUAGGAAUUUUUAUAUACCAAGGGAAGGAGUUGGAUGAAGUAUUGGAGUUCCGUAAGGCCUCGAAAGAAAGGCGUAAAGUUAGU